CACACUUCAUAGAUCUGCGGCGCUUCCUCACUCCGUUCCAUUUCUUUUAGCAUCCUCAUCGUAGCUUUCUUCUUUCUUUCCUUCAUCGAAAAAAAUUCAUUCAUCUAUUCCAAAUCUCACUUCACUCCUGGCUACGAUUCAUCUUUCACUCCUCGCCGCUCGCUCUCACUGGGAACCAUCUCAACCAAGUUCCAUCGCGAUUACAGAGUAAAUUCCAUCGCAGGAACCUUUUUUUGGACAUUGGAGGUCAGCCCAUGGACUACUUGGUUCCAGUGAGACUUCAUAUUUCUCUCUAAUGUUUGAAAGAUGAUAGAAUUUGCUAUUGGACACAUUUUGAUGUUCAGGGAGGAAGAUGCAUUCUUAACUAUCGGUGCUAUUGGGAUCGGAAGACUAAAUUUACACCCAUAUCAUUGGAACAAGAUGCUCAGGGAGUUGUACCGAGUGAAACUUAUCAGCCGUUCAGAUUCCAAAGCAAGGAGCUACGAUGAACAGAUCAAUUGGUUCAAACCUGAAACUUACCUACCCCGGCCACCGCCACUCUUCAAACUUUUACUAGCCCCUUUCUGUGGUCAUGUUUAUUCAUGUUGGCUUUUUGUUCCUAUUAUGAGUGUGGGAAAUUUGUUGAUUUAGUCCCAAAACUAAUAGCUAUAUCCGAUAUUGGUCCUGUAACUUUAUUAACUUGCAAUUUACAUCCUGUAACUAAUAAGUUGGUGCAAUUUUGGUCCUUCUCUGCCGGAACUUAUCAAUUUCGUCGGAAAAAGACACAUCACCUGCCACAUGGUAUAUUAUUUGGAACUCAUUUGCUGACUCAAUAUUGGCCCUUAGCUGGAGUUAAAAAACCAGAGUACGAAAGCUCUUCGCUAAGUGCGUGCACAACCAUACCAAGCCUAUUAUCGGAUCUGCAAAAGGGGGGAAGAACAUAUAACUCUACCUGCAGAUUUCUCCUGAACUAAGUCGAGAGAGUGAGUUAUUCUUCAAAUCUGCUAGUAACGGCUCUCGAUCAGAGAAAAGUUUAUGGAGUGUGAUUGUGGUAAAAAGGUUUCUCUUCUAACUUCUUGGACUGAUAACGAUCCUGGAAGGAGGUUUCGUGUGUGCGCUAGAAGCAGAGUAAAAAAUUCAGCUUUUUAAUUUACAUUGUUUGCUUCUUUUUUUACUAAAUAAACUAGAAAUUUAAGAAUAGCAUUUGAAUAAUAAAUUUGUUUGAAAAUUAAAAUGUAUUUUAUAAUUUAAGCUAGGUUCUGCUAAUAAAAUUACCAUCUUCUAUUUGUUGGGGGCAUUUGAUAAUGUAUUUUGUGUUCAAAGCAGUAAAAAGUAAGUUAAGCUUCAUUUUGUUUUGAUACAGACAGAAGGUUGCAGAUUUUUUGAAUGGGCGGACCCACCUAUGUGCCAUCGUUGAACGAUGAUAAUUCCGGGAUUGGUUAGAAGACUCAAUUUAAAAGAGGAAGAAGUUGUAAAGUUGAAGGCUAAAAAUAAAAGGCUCUUCAUAGUUGUUGUGGGGCUAGUGUUUUUGCUCCUGGUCUUUCUCAUGUUAAAGAUGUGAGAAGUGAAGAUGAUGUAACAUUUCAAAUUCUUUAUUCUUAAAACAUGAAUCCAAAAAGCUUUAAAC